CUCAGCGGCCCAGCGGGAAGGUCAUCGCCUCCAAGUGAAGCUUUCCGUGACACAGCUUACAGUUUCCUCAUUAGUCUGCCUUGAGAAGUCGAGAUGGGAGAACACGUGACAGUGACGGAAGCAGCGGGACCCAGAGUGGAGUGUGUGACGGUGGCGGUGACGUGUGUGCUGGUGGUGUCAUGCUGCCUCCUGGUCCUGCGAUACCUUCGGCAGCGUCACCAGCACUGGCAGCAGCGUGGCGUGCCCUGCCCCCCCGCCCCGCUGCUGGUCGGACACACCCUCUCACGCAUGGGGCUCACCAGGCCAUUCACUGAGUUCUUUGAUGAGCUCUACUACGACUACAACGGGCGGGACUUCUGCGGCUUCUACGAUUUCCUGAAGCCAAGCCUGUUCGUGGGCAACCCGCAGCUCAUCAAGAAUAUUCUGGUGCGGGAUUUUCACAACUUUGCCGACAGACGAACUUUUGAUCUCGCGAAGGUCAGCCCGGUCGCUAAUGACAUGUUGACUAACGCACGCGGGGCACACUGGCGGAGGGUGCGCAGUGCAGUAUCUCCAGCCUUCACCAAGACUCGAACGCGUCGCCUCUACCCACUUCUGCUCCAGCGCGCCAAACACCUCAUCCACAUGGUCCACUCAGCCCACCACGACUCGCCAACACUAAUACCAGCAGCCACACCAGCGAGAGAGGGUUCCACAGCUUCUAUAACAGGGAAUGCAGAUUUGGAAGAUACAGCUUACGUAAUGACCACCACAGUAAGAGAUAAGAACGCCAGCACCACAGCAAGGACAGCCAGCGCCACAGACUUCACGCAGAAGGUGUCACAAGACUCGGACCACAUUACCACACCAACACACGCGCUACAAGGUCACACAGGCACAGAUACAGACACACCACGCACUCAAAACAGUCACACAGACACACACACACUACCUCCACACACGCAGCACACGCAAUACACGCGCGCACAUAACACAGACGCAGUGAAACGAAAAACAGACACACGCAAGCACGCAACACAAACACACAUAGAUACACACAGUUCUAGCCCAGCCAGAAGAAACACAAUCACGGACGAGAGAGAACGAAACGAAAGGAAAACGAGCGAAUGUUUAGAAGGAAAAGAUGGCAUCGAGGCGCGGCGAGUAUGCGGCCGCUACACCAUGGACGCCAUCGCCUCCUGCGCCUUCGGGUUGGAGUGUGAAUCUCUGGACAAGGAGGCCGCCCUGUUUCCCAUCAUGGCCGCCAGGGUGUUCCAGCUCUCCCUGACCCGCGCCCUAAGGAUAAUGCUGGUGGCGAUAUGUCCUCGUGUGGCGGAGCUUGCCUGUGCAGCGGGGGUACAAUUCACCAGCGAGGAGUUUCAAUUCUUCAUGAGGGUCUCCAAGCAUGCUCUGGCCACGCGCCGCGCCUCACACACACCAAGAGGAGACUUCAUGGAUAUGCUGCUCGAGGCUUCCGCUGACAGCAAGCAAGGUUUGAGUGACGACACCCUGGCGGCGCAGACGAUUCUGUUCCUGCUGGCUGGCUACGACAACACCGCCAACACCCUUGCCAUGAGCCUCCACCUGCUGGCCCAUCACGCGGCGGUGCGGGCCAGGCUCAGACGAGAGGUGGCGCGCGCCCUGCUCAGGAAUGAAGGAGAGCUAACGUAUGAGCAGAUCACGGAGCUCCCUUACCUGGACGCCGUGGUGAGUGAGACGCUUAGACUGUACCCCGCCGCGCCAGUCAUCGAGAGGGUGUGCACGGCGCCCUACAGACUAGGCGACGUGGAGGUACCGGUGGGGACAGCUGUUAUCAUGCCCGUCUGGAGUUUACACCGCGACCCCGCCCACUGGAAACACCCGCAGCAUUUCACGCCCGAGAGGUUCCUGGAAGAUGCCCGGGAGACACACGUUCCCUUCACCUACCUUCCCUUCGGUGACGGCCCGCGCGCGUGUGUGGGUAUUCGCUUUGCUCAAGUGGCGGUGAAGGCGGGACUGGUAACUCUACUCUCCCGGGAUGACGUACUGCCAAACCCCGCCUCGCCCUACCCCGCUGUCCUCGACCCACGCAUCCUGACGCUACAGCCGAAGGGAGGAAUAUAUAUCAACUUCAAGCCCACGCCCUUGCCUGUCCUGCUGCGUAGAGAGAUGGAGGAGCAUCCGCCAGUAAGCCCUCAGGAUGUAGCGAUAGCGACGGAUCUCGAGCAGCUUGUGUCUGAAUGCUACGGUGACGAGUGAGGAGUGGGGAGUGGCUAAGGCCUGUAUUCUGAAACGCUUUGCUCUCUCACCAUCACUGCUUUCCAAAGGCUCCAGUUGAAGAUUCUCGUGUUUUUCAAGUGUAUUUUUAUGGUUCCGGUAAUAGAUUGGCAAGAUUUCUAGUCUUGAAAACCUGGCUUGUUGUCUCUGUGGUCUUGCAAAAGUGUCAUAGUGGGAAGGGAAGGCGUUUUUUAAUACGGGCGUAAGAGGCGACUGAGGUGUAUAGUGUGGCUAUUCAGAAACGUCUCUCUCUCUCUCUCUCUCUCUCUCUCUCUCUCUCUCUCUCUCUCUCUCUCUCUCUCUCUCUCUCUCUCUCUCUCAACAUGGCAUGUUACUGAUGGAGAAAUCUUGCUCGGUAACCUGCGUCACUUCAACUAGAGGCUCUUCAAAGUAGUGACGGUGUGGCGCGGAAGUGUUUCAGAAUACAGCCCUCUUGUGAUUUGUAGAUUGAUGUAAUGACUCCCUCCUGUCUCGGGGCCACCUGUAUACUACCUCGCCUCGCCUCGCCCGCUGAGUGUGUGUGUGUGUGUGUGUGUGUGUGUGUGUGUGUGUGUGUGUGUGUGUGUGUGUGUGUGUGUGUGUGUGUGUGUGUGUGUGUGUGUGUGUGUGUGUGUGUGUGUGUGUGUGUGUGUGUGUGUGUGUGUGUUUACCAUUCUUUACCUAUCUUAAUUUAUUCAAAGACGGAUUCUGGCCGAAGAUAAUACUGGAGAGAAAGAAAGAGAGAAAGAAAAAGAAAAACGAAUAGAAAAUGAGAGUCCGGCCGUCCCUUGAGAAAACGGUAAAUGAAACAAAUCCAAAAAGAGAAAACUUGAGGCCGUUAAGUGUCAGUCUGUCACGCAGGUCCAGGCUGUGUUUAUAUUCACUAUAAAAACAAUUCACUAUUUCAAAAGCGUUUAUUAAAGUUUACACGAGUUUUUAAGGUGUUUUUAUGGUUCUAGAGGCAGAGUGACAAGAUUUGUACAUUACUAACUGGAGAAACACUCUCUGUGGCCUUGGAAAAUAGUCGUGGUGAGAGAGCAAAGCGUUUCUCGAUACGAGACUGUGUGUCACGUUGCGUCCUGUGCUUGUUGUCACGCUAUCGUCGCCAAUUUUAAGCCAUCCGCAGUUCACUUCGACGAGUGCUCAGGAGAGGAGUAAGGGAGGGGGACAAAACUGUGGAAUUAUUUGUGAGGAGGACAAGGAUAUAAAUAAUGUUGCCCAGACUGUCUUCUGGUCUCUGUUGUUUGUAAUAUAAGCCCACGAAUGA